AUGAGCGGCAAAUCUGAUGGAAACAACGAAUUCCACGAGCAGCUGCGAUUGCAGCAGCUGUACGGGGGGAGCCGAGAGGAGGGGGGCGGAGAGGACCCCAACACCGACGUGGAUCCUGAAGACUGGACGGUUUAUGACUGGGACCCCGAAAAGAGGGCUUGGUUCCCGAAGUUAACAGAAGACUUUCUGGCAACUUACCACGCCAACUAUGGCUUCAGUACGGAGGAACCGGAGAGCAUAUCGGCCUCGGCUGAUAAGCCAGCCCCUCCUACCCAGGGUGGUGAUGCCAAGAAACCACCAGCAGGUGGCGCUGAGGCUUCACAGGCUAAAGAGGGCAAACAGAAAGGAGAGAAGCGUAAAUGCGACCUGGCUGCUCCUUGUUUUUGUUUUGCAGGUUGGUUUGAUGUGGACGAAGGGAAAAACACAAAUGUCUAUGUGUCAGGCUUGCCGCUGGAUAUCACCCCUGAUGAGUCUGUGGAAGUUAUGUCCAAGUGUGGGAUUAUCAUGCGAGACCCCAUCACAGAUUAUAAAGUGAAGCUCUACAGGGAUAACCAAGGGAACCAGAAAGGAGAUGGGCUGCGUUGUUAUCUCAAGAAGGAGUUGGUGGAGCUGGCGGAGAAGCUGAUCGAUGAGUCUGAGAUCCGGGGGUACAGGCUGCACGUGGAGGCGGCGCAGUUCGAGCUCAAGGGCCAGUACGACGCCAGCAAGAAGAAGAAGAACUCUCUGGGUUGGGGUGUCUUAGCCCGGUUCUUAGUGGUCCACGUCACAGCUGGUAUUGAAAUACAUUACAAAGCAGUUUUACUGUGAGAGACUGUAAAC